AUGAAGAAGGGCCGCUCCCGGGGGGACAAAGCGGGGCCCCCGCCGCCCCCCAGGAGGGAGCCCGGCCGGGCGGCCGCCGCCGAGAGGAGAGCUGCCCCCGCGGGGGGCGGCAGGAGGGAGCCGCAGGACGCCAGGGCCCCGGGCGCCGACUGCAGGGAGGAGAAGGAUGUGGUAACAGAAUCCACUCCAUUACGGUGCAGAAAGCUCAGUAACCCUGACAUCUUUUCAUCUACUGGGAAAACUAAACUCCAUCGUCAGCUAAGUCAAGAUGACUGCAAACUGCGUAGGGGUAGCCUGGCCAGCUCUCUGUCAGGAAAGCAACUGCUUCCCUUAUCCAGCAGUGUGCACAGUGGAGUGGGACAAUCAACAUGGCAGCCAGCUGGAGAAACCUCAAACCUGGUCCGUAUGAGGAACCAGUCUCUAGGACAGUCUGCUCCUUCUCUUACUGCUGGCUUGAAGGAACUCAGUCUCCCUAGAAGAGGAAGCUUUUGUCGGACGAGCAACAGGAAGAGCCUGAUUGUAACAUCCAGCACAUCUCCAACACUCCCACGACCACACUCCCCGCUCCAUGGACAUACAGGCAGCAGUCCUUUGGACAGUCCCAGGAAUUUCUCUCCCAACGCACCUGCUCAUUUUUCCUUUGUUCCUGCCCGUAGCCAUGGACACAGAGCAGACAGAACGGAUGGGCGCCGCUGGUCCCUGGCCUCUCUUCCUUCAUCUGGAUAUGGAACAAACACUCCCAGUUCAACAGUUUCAAUACUGUAUGAAGACAGUACGCUUCUCAUCGUGCAAGCACUGAGAAUGCUGUGCAUGACUGACUCAUCAUGCUCAUCCCAGGAGAAGCUGCACCAGCUGCCCUUUCAGCCAACGGCAGAUGAACUUCAUUUCCUGACAAAGCAUUUCAGCACUGAGAGCAUCACCGACGAGGAAGGACGUCAUUCUCCAGCCAUGCGGCCACGAUCUCGCAGUCUCAGUCCUGGUCGUUCCCCGAUUUCCUUUGACAGCGAAAUAGUAAUGAUGAAUCAUGUGUACAAAGAAAGGUUUCCGAAGGCCACAGCACAGAUGGAGGAACGGCUGGCUGAGUUUAUUGCUUCUAAUGCUCCAGAGAACGUGCUGCAAUUAGCAGAUGGGGUCCUAAGCUUCAUUUAUCAUCAGGUUAUUGAGCUGUCCAGAGACUGCCUGGAUAAAUCACGUGAAGGACUUAUUACUUCCCGGUACUUUUAUGAGCUGCAGGAAAACUUAGAGAAACUCCUACAGGAUGCCCACGAGCGAUCAGAGAGCUCAGAGGUGGCUUUUGUUACCCAGCUUGUGAAAAAGCUGAUGAUCAUCAUUGCACGACCGGCUCGACUGCUUGAGUGCCUGGAGUUUGAUCCCGAAGAGUUUUACCAUCUGUUAGAAGCUGCCGAAGGUCAUGCCAAGGAAGGGCAAGGAAUUAAAUGCGACAUUCCUCGUUACAUUAUCAGCCAGCUGGGCCUUACCCGGGAUCCCCUGGAGGAAAUGGCCCAGCUGAAUAGCUAUGACAGUCCAGACACUCCAGAAACAGAUGAUUCAGUUGAGAGUCGCGGGGCCCCUGCGCAGUCAAAGAAAGCUCCCUCUGAAGAGGACUUUGAAAACAUUAAGCUAAUCAGCAACGGGGCUUAUGGGGCUGUGUAUUUGGUGCGGCACAAGACUACCCGCCAGCGCUUUGCCAUGAAGAAGAUCAACAAACAGAACCUAAUUUUGAGAAAUCAGAUCCAGCAGGCCUUCGUGGAGAGAGACAUCCUGACCUUUGCUGAGAACCCCUUUGUAGUCAGUAUGUUCUGCUCCUUCGAGACCAAACGCCACCUCUGCAUGGUUAUGGAGUAUGUGGAAGGAGGAGAUUGUGCCACACUCCUAAAGAAUAUUGGAGCCCUACCAGUUGAUAUGGCCAGGAUGUAUUUUGCAGAGACAGUGCUGGCACUGGAGUACCUACACAAUUAUGGCAUUGUCCACCGUGACCUAAAACCUGACAAUCUUCUGAUAACAUCCAUGGGUCACAUUAAACUAACAGAUUUUGGACUCUCUAAAAUUGGGCUGAUGAGUCUCACAACUAAUCUGUAUGAGGGACACAUUGAGAAAGAUGCAAGAGAGUUCCUGGAUAAGCAGGUAUGUGGGACGCCGGAAUACAUUGCCCCGGAAGUGAUCUUGCGACAGGGCUAUGGAAAGCCUGUGGAUUGGUGGGCCAUGGGAGUUAUCCUGUAUGAGUUUUUAGUUGGCUCUGUCCCUUUCUUUGGUGACACACCAGAAGAACUGUUUGGACAAGUGAUCAGUGAUGAAAUUGCCUGGCCAGAAGGGGAUGAAGCAUUACCACCAGAUGCACAGGACCUCACAUCUAAACUUCUCUGUCAAAACCCUCUGGAAAGACUGGGAACAGGUAGUGCCUUUGAGGUGAAACAGCACCGGUUCUUUAAAGAUCUGGACUGGAAUGGAUUACUUCGACAGAAAGCAGAAUUUAUUCCACAGCUGGAAUCAGAGGAUGACACUAGCUACUUUGACACUCGUUCUGAACGGUACCAGCACCUAGAUUCAGAAGAAGAUGAAGACACAAAUGAUGAUGAUCAUGUAGAAAUUAGGCAGUUCUCAUCUUGCUCACCACGGUUCAGUAAGGUGUACAGCAGUAUGGAACGUCUUUCCAUCCAUGAAGAGAGGAAAACACCACCAACUAAGCGCAGUCUCAGUGAGGAAAAAGAUGAUCGGCUAGACAGCCUCGGUGGUCUGAAAAGUCGGGACCGCAGCUGGGUGAUUGGCUCUCCUGAAAUACUGCGUAAGCGCUUGUCCGUGUCUGAAUCCUCACACACAGAGAGCGACUCCAGUCCGCCUCUUACUGUUCGGCGGCGUUGUUCGGGGCUUCUCGACAUGCCCCGCUUCGCCAUCUCAGCUGAGGAAGAAGGACUUGCCCCCAAAAAGCAACAGUCAGAUGGAACGUUACUAUCUACAGUACAGUCACGUGAGGGGCUCCCCCUGCCAAUUCCAGAACAACCUGUGGAGCGAGAGCUGCACUUACAUGAGGACACUGGGCCAACAACACCCGCUUCAACCAUCAGCAACAUCAGCAGCUCAACCCUGACAGCCGGGAGCACUACAGAUUUCUCUGAUCAGCGCAUUCGUAGCAAUAGCAAUGAGGGUCCAGAUUUUACCACUCCAAAAGCCAUCAGCGACUUGGCAGUACGGCGGGCACGGCACCGGUUGCUCUCUGGGGAAUCGGGGGAGAAACGUACCUCGAGACCUGUCAACAAAGUGAUUAAAUCAGCAUCAGCUACAGCCCUCUCCCUCCUGAUUCCCUCAGAUCACCACACUUGUUCCCCAUUGGCUAGUCCAAUGUCACCUCAUUCUCUGUCCUCCAACCCAUCUUCAAGGGACUCCUCACCAAGCCGAGACUUUUCUCCUGCUAUCACAAACCCCAAACCACCAAUCAUUAUCCAUCGGGCUGGAAAGAAAUACGGCUUUACCCUUCGUGCUAUUCGAGUCUACAUGGGGGAUACGGACGUCUAUGCUGUGCAUCACAUGGUCUGGCAUGUGGAAGAAGGAGGACCUGCUAAUGAAGCAGGUCUGCGGGAAGGUGAUCUGAUAACCCAUGUCAAUGGAGAGUCUGUCCAUGGACUGGUGCAUACUGAAGUGGUGGAACUGAUCCUGAAGAGUGGAAAUAAGGUAUCUAUCUCUACUUCCCCAUUUGAGAACACAUCAAUCAAAAUUGGGCCAGCUCGGAAGCCCAGCUACAAAUCCAAGAUGGCUCGAAGGAACAAGAAAAGCAAAACUAAAGAUGGGCAGGAAAGUAAGAAGAAGAGUUCUUUGUUCAGGAAGAUCACAAAGCAGGCAUCAUUUCUGCACACCAGCCGUAGUUUAUCUUCACUUAACCGCUCGCUGUCUUCUGGAGAAAGUGUUCCCGGUUCUCCAACCCACAACCUGUCCCCUCGGUCACCUACGCAGAGCUACAGAUCUACUCCCGAGUCUGUACAUUCAGUUGGUGGAAAUUCUUCCCAGAGCAGCUCCCCCAGUUCCAGUGUUCCCAACUCUCCAGCCAGCUCUGGACACAUCCGACCCAGUUCUUUACAUGGACUAGCCCCAAAGCUUCAACGGCAAUAUAGAUCUCCGAGGCGUAAAUCUGCGGGAAACAUCCCUCUCUCACCACUAGCUCACACUCCCUCACCAACCCCACAGUCCACAUCGCCACAGCGUUCACCUUCUCCUUUGCCAGGGCAUUCAGUAGGCAGCUCCAGUAUUAUUCAGUCCUUUCCUGUAAAAUUACAUUCCUCCCCACCUCUGGUAAGACAGAUCUCCAGACCCAAAAGCGCUGAGCCCCCCAGGUCUCCUUUGCUGAAGAGAGUCCAGUCAGCUGAGAAACUGGCUGCCUCGCUGUCCUCCGAAAAGAAGCUGGCUUCCUCUCGCAAACAUAGCUUGGAUAUCUCCCACUCUGAAUUUAAGAAGGAGAUGCUACAAAGGGAUCCUAGUCUCCAAAGUUUACAGGAGUCUGUGAAUGAAGCAACAGGCGGUAAAGUUGGGCUAGCAGAAAAAGGGACACUGCAAAAGCCAUCUUCCAGGAAGCUAGGUGCUAUUCGACAAGACAGAGUAGAGAGGAGAGAGUCGCUACAAAAGCAGGAGGCCAUUAGGGAAGUAGAUUCUUCUGAAGAUGAAACAGAUGAUGGUUCAGAGGAUAGUCAAGAUGGGAGAAGAUUGGAAAGGCAACCCUCCAGAGGAGAACAGGGCUCCAACUCUUUUAAUGAUGAUAAUAAGUUUUCUUCUAAACUGGAAAGCAAAGACAAUAUGGAGGACAAUGCUUUUCUAACCGAUGAUCCAAAAGGUACAGCAGACUUGCAGAAGGUAACUAAGCAGCCACCUACGGCUGUCUCAGAGGCACUGCAAAUUAGCAUACCCCAGUCAGAGUCAGAGAUUCUUACCAGAACGUCUCCAGGAGAAUCUGGCAAAUAUGAAAAGCCACUGCCAGGAUCAGGAACAACAGCAGAAGAGCAUAAAUUGUCAGAAAGCAAACCCUUUGAGCACAUUAGUCAAGAAGAUGCCUCUUAUGCGAGCAUCAAAUGCACUGGGGGGAAAAGUAUAGAUUGCAUAGAAGACACAAAGUGCCCACCUGUGGGAUUCCUUCAGUUUGAGCAAAGCCACUCUUCAGGGGUGUCACAUGGUAAAGAUGCACCAAAGGAGUCUGUGUUAACAGAAAUCAGUCAAAAAAAGCAAGAUACUAAACCGUCACUAGCACUUUCUUCUCGUUGCACAGCGGGUAUAAAUUCUCCGCUAUCAAUAAGCCAAACGGACUGCAGAGAAACAGAUCACAAACAAGAACUUCAGUCUACAGAACAAAGCAACAGAUUUCAACAUCUGGCAAAUGUAAAUGAAACAUCUCCAAAAAGUCCUACUGCUGAAAAACAGCAAAGCUCGUGCCACGCAGAGGGCUCUUCACAAGACAAGAAUCAAUUAAAUGCUAGGAAAAUUAGCCCAAGUAAUGCAACAGGUGCUGCACCCUCAACUCCCCAUGUCUCAAGUUCCGGUGAAAAGGCCCUUUCGGUGUCUCAGUUAGAAACUGUAGCUCAAAGUAUGUUGGGCCCAACGAAGCUUGACGUGUUGGGUACUAGAAAGCUGGAAACUGAUAAAGAGUCCCCGCAAAUGGACCUGUCCUGUAAGAGAGAUUCACAACAAAGAAGGCAGGAAACGUUAAAGGUGGGAUUAGAUCAAGAAAGAGCGAAACCUCUUAGCAGAGACAAUCUUACUACAACCUGUGCACCCUACACAGAGUCAACAAGUCCAGCAAAGUCUGGGGAGCCAGCAUGUUCUCUGACAGCAAAACAAAAGCCAGGUUUUGACGGUUCUAAAGCACUUGAAGCCUUGGGGGAUAACAGGAAAACUUCUCCAUCGAAAGAUCUUCCACAUACCCCUGGAAGACAGAUUCUUAGGGCAUCUCCUCUGCCAGAUGGCAGUCUGAAGCUCUGUAAAGAGGAGACUCUGGUGCAGGAAAAAAGCAAAGAGACUGGAGGUCAGUUAAAAAUACAAGACUUUCCGUUGUCACACGAUAAUGUUGUCAAGAAAACAUAG